AUGAGGGACCUCAACGGCAAGGAAACUCAGGCCAAGUUCUACAUGUAUGACAAGCUCGUCACGACGCAGGUUGGCACAGGAUACUUUGAAAAGCCCAUGAACCUUGCCGGGGCGGGAUUCAUUCUGCGGCUCUCGAUCAGCCGUAAUCCUGAGUUGAAAUCCAUCCCCAAGACAGGAAUUCUUUCUACUUUACUGCAUAUCCUCGCCAACACAUGGUCAGACCUGCGGCUGUUCUCAGACAGCGCUUAG